CCUUCAGUCAUUUUUACCGACCAUGGAUUGGACAUCGAAGUUGCCUUUUGGGCAGGUGAAGCAUGCAGAGCCGCACAAAGACGAGCAGUCGCUCACCACUCUGUUGAGCGCAGAUCAAUGCGCAGAUCUCACGUUCAUGAUCGCUACGAUCACAGCGACCAUGCGACAGUCAUUACUGGACAUUUUUGUUGCUGAGGAAGCACCAUUGGACGCCAAAGCUGCCAAAUCGGAAGAGCAGACCUUGAUAGACGCACCAUCUGACCUUGAAAAUGUCGAAGUGGCCAAGGAAGGCAAGCUGAAGCAAGAGCGGGAGAAGCGUGAGCAGAACGCAAAGGAAGAAAUCGCGAAGCCGGAAGUGCAAGCGUUGAAGAAGGAGAUGUUGCAGUAUUUUGAUGAGUGGAGGGGCAAAGUUAUCAGCCGUAUUGGCGAGGUGGUGAACUCAAGAGAAGAGGCGAGAGAGCAGACCAAGCACGUCGAAAUUCACAAAGUCGAAGGACUUGCCAAAAUGUCUGAGGCAGAAACAACGAGCCUCAAGGAUCUCUCGCAAAAGGACAAAGACGAGGACACUGCCUUCAAGGAACGCUACCCAGCCGUAGAUUCACAGCUCGCACGUCUCGACGAGGCUCAACGCGCCCUGAUCCUGCACUCAUUGGUUCUCAUCCUCCUCAGUCUGAAGCACUACUCGGCACACUCACGAACUCUCCUACUCUACCUCACCAGCUCACUCCACCUCAACCUGUCCAUUCUCAAGAAGGACGAAGAGACAGUCGCCCAAGGCCUCCUCGAAGCUGCAUCUCAACAGCUCAACGCCGAUGCCGAAACAAAGAAGGCGGCAGAAGCCUCCCAGACCGCACGAAAAUGGAAGGUCGGUCUCGCCAGCGUUGCAGGUGCGGCACUCAUCGGUGUGACUGGCGGUCUCGCCGCUCCUCUCCUUGCAGCAGGUGUAGGCUCCAUUAUGGGUGGUCUGGGGCUCGGAGCCACAGCUGCCGCGGGUUACCUGGGUACAUUGGCAGGCUCCUCAGUCCUCGUCGGCGGCCUUUUCGGUGCAUAUGGUGCCCGUAUGACGGGUGAUGCAAUGGACGCGUAUGCACGACAAGUCGAAGACUUCGCGUUCUUGAACAUCCACCGCUCGCAAGACCCUUCAAAGCAGGACAAUGAGGCCCGACGUCUGCGCGUGGCCAUUGCCGUGAGCGGCUGGCUGCGCAAACCCGAAGAAGUCGUUGCGCCAUGGCGCUACAUCGGCAAGGGUACAGAAGGUUUCGCUCUACGUUGGGAACUCGAAGCCUUGUUGAAGCUUGGACACAGUCUCGAGACAUUCAUCACAAGCGCAGCAUGGGGCUACGCGAAGAAGAAGAUCAUCGAGCAGACCGUCUUUGCCGCCAUCAACGCAGCGAUGUGGCCCCUCGGCCUGCUCAAGAUCGCCACUGUACUCGACAAUCCGUUUAGUGUGGCGAAAUUUCGCGCUGACAAGGCUGGCGAAGUGCUUGCAGACGCGCUCAUCAACAAAGUCCAGGGCGAGCGCCCUGUCACACUGGUGGGAUACUCACUCGGUGCAAGGCUCAUAUACUCGUGUCUUCAGCGUCUUGCAGAACGGAAAGCAUUCGGGCUCAUCGAGAAUGUCGUACUCCUCGGCGCUCCAUGCCCCUCAGAUACCGCAGACUGGCGCAAAAUGCGUUCCGUGGUCAGCGGCCGCGUUGUCAACGUCUUUAGCACACAAGACUACAUCCUCGGAUUCUUGUACCGUACGUCUUCCGUGCAGCUCGGCGUUGCCGGUUUGCAACCCAUUCUGGGAAUCCGCGGCGUUCAGAAUGUCGACGUCACCGAACUCGUGGAUGGGCAUUUGCAGUACCGCUUCAUCACCGGAUCUAUCCUGCGCAAGAUCGGUUUCGAAGACGUCGACAUUGCUGAAGUCGAAAAAGCGGAGCUUGAGAUGACUAAACAGAAAGAGAAAGAAGAAGCCGAGAGGAGGAAGAAUGAGGGUGAGGCGACUGGAGAAGAGGAGAAGGAUGGUGAGAAAGAGAAGCAGAAGCUGGAGGGCGAGGUGCAAAAGAAGAGUGAGCAGAGCAUGUGGCAGGUCAUGCAAGAUAAGACGAAAAACCUGGACAUUGGAGGCUUCCUUGGGUCGAAGGAUGAUGCGGGGAAAGUGCCACCACCAUCGUCAGCGGCCGUCGGUGAGAACAAGGAGCUCAAGAGGGCCUAGAUGCUGUCGGGGUUUGGUUGAUAAGGUAAACAUACACAGAAUCCAGCGAGUACACGAAGAACAUAAAUAAUGAAAUCUUAUGAGCAUCUGAAAGCGUUCAAUAUGUUCAGCUCCAACUCAUAUACACAUC